UCUGUCCUUCACAGCACUUCUGUCAACAAACUUUGCUUUCUUUGACUCUAGCUGAUCUCUCUAGCUGCACUAAUUACAGCUCCUUUUCACCAUCUUCACCACAAGGAACAAGAUUUUCUAGCAUCAGAGUCAUCUGACCAAAGAGAAAUCCAACAAUGUCCAGCAUCAUGAAAGUGUUUCUGCUCCUGGCUGUCAUGGUCUACAUCUCUGAAGCCCAACUCGAUGACUCAGGACAGCAGUGUCUGUGUCAGCGCAUCAGGAAGGGAAUUGCCUCAAAGUCUGAAGUAAAGGACAUCCAGAUAUACCCAGCAACCAUCUUCUGUGACAAAGUGGAGAUUGUUGUCACCCUCAACAGCGGCCUUCGCUAUUGCCUGAACCCCAAGUUGAACGCAGUGAAAAGACUCCUGGCUAACGUCAUGAAACACAAAAACUCUUCAACAGCCAGACCUACUGAGCUCACUUCUACCACACGCAGCACUAGCACAGCUCACAUCUAAUUCUCUCUUUACCUCCUCAAUAUGAAGCUCAGAUGAACUCGGACCCCCAACAAAGGCACCUCAAACAAAUGUAAAAGUGAAAUGAAUGACACUUUUUGUCUGUUUAUUUUCUAUUUAUACUGAUGUGCACUUACAGUAUAUUUCCGUUCUAUUAUAUUUUCUUUUUAUAUUUGUAUUUGUAAAUACAUUUUUGUGUGUUGUAAAGUUUUCCUGCAUUUUGGUCAUUUCGCGGUUGUUAUUUUUUGAUUAAAUUUUUUUUUUUUUAAACA